ACCUCCCCGCCCGCCAUCGGCAGAGCUGCCGUGGCCGCGACGCUCCACUUCGCUCCCUCCUUCCCUGCACACCCACCCAACCCACCAUCUUCCUCUUCCCUCCCCAACGGAGCCACACGCCGCACCGGAGGCAGCAGCGAGCCAUCGUCGGCGAUGGCCGUCCCCUCCGACCGCAAGAGGCGGCCCUUCCUCCUCUCGCUCUCCCUCUUCCUCCUCGUCUCCGCGCUCCUCGUCCUCUUCUUCCUCUUCCUCGACUCCUCCAGCCAGUCCCUCCCGUUUCUCCCCGACCGCCUCUCCACCCCCACCCCCUCCCUCCUCGGUCCCCUUCCUCCUCACCAACAGCAGAGAGCAGCCCCAAUUCCUUCCUCGUCUGACUCGCAACCAAACCCCCCAGCCUCCGCCGUUGCAGAAGCAGCAGAGAAGGCCGACGCGUCGCGGCCAGAACCCACCGACGCCGUUACAGGAGGAGCAAGUAAAAGCGAAGCGUCGCCGCGGCCUGUCGACAGCAGCGACGCGGCGGCAGCCGAUGCGGAUGCGAAGGCUGACAGAGGCGUCGAUGCGGCUGGAGGAGAUGGCGGCGGGGACGACCUGGCGGUGGCGGACGUGAGGUGGGAAACGUGCAAGGUCAUGAGGGGUGUGUCGCCGGCGGACUACAUCCCGUGCCUCGACAACAUCAGGGCCAUCAAGGCGCUGCGCUCGAGGCGGCACAUGGAGCACCGGGAGCGCCACUGCCCCGUGGCGCCGCGGCCCAGGUGCCUGGUGCGUACGCCUGCGGGGUACCGGUUGCCCGUGCCGUGGCCGCGCAGCCGUGACAUGAUUUGGUACAACAAUGUUCCUCACCCGAAGUUGGUGGAGUAUAAGAAGGAUCAGAACUGGGUUACAAAGUCAGGUGAUUAUCUUGUUUUCCCAGGAGGUGGAACUCAAUUCAAAGAUGGUGUGACAAGAUACAUUCAGUUUAUAGAGCAGACAAUGCCGGCCAUUCAAUGGGGAACACACACAAGAACUGUCCUGGAUGUUGGAUGUGGCGUUGCCAGCUUUGGUGGAUACCUGCUUGACAGGAAUGUCAUAACCAUGUCAUUUGCCCCGAAAGAUGAGCAUGAAGCUCAGAUACAGUUUGCGUUAGAGCGUGGAAUUCCAGCAUUUCUAGCAGUGAUAGGAACACAAAAGCUUCCAUUCCCUGAUAAUGCAUUUGAUGUGGUCCACUGUGCAAGGUGCAGGGUCCAUUGGUAUGCAAAUGGUGGAAAACCACUAUUGGAGCUUAACAGAGUGUUGAGGCCUGGAGGAUAUUUCAUUUGGUCUGCAACCCCUGUCUAUCGUAAAGAAAAAAGAGAUCAAGAUGACUGGAAUGCAAUGGUUACUCUGACCAAAUCAAUCUGUUGGAGAACAGUAGUAAAAUCGGAAGAUAGUAAUGGAAUUGGUGUUGUUAUAUAUCAAAAAGCAACCUCAAGUUCUUGUUACCUCGAGAGGAAAACCAAUGAACCCCCUCUGUGCUCCAAGAAAGAUGGAUCACGUUUUCCUUGGUAUGCCCUUCUUGAUAGUUGCAUUCUGCCACCUGCUGUCUCAAGUUCAGAUGAAACAAAGAACUCGUCAUUUUCGUGGCCUGGACGACUUACCAGAUAUGCAAGUGUACCUGAUGAUUCUGCUACUACAGAGAAAUUUGAUGCUGAUACCAAGUACUGGAAACAAGUCAUUUCAGAAGUAUAUUUUAAUGACUUUCCAGUUAAUUGGUCAAGUAUCCGUAAUGUAAUGGACAUGAGUGCUGGUUAUGGAGGAUUUGCAGCAGCAAUCGUGGAUCAACCUUUAUGGGUUAUGAAUGUUAUACCUAUUGGCCAGUCAGAUACCUUGCCAGUUAUUUUCAGCCGAGGUUUGAUUGGGGUAUAUCAUGAUUGGUGUGAAUCUUUCAACACAUAUCCAAGGACCUAUGAUCUUCUCCACAUGAGUUAUCUCCUUGGAAGUCUUACAAAUAGGUGUGACAUCAUUGAAGUGGCAGCUGAAGUUGACAGGAUAUUAAGGCCUGGUAGAUGGUUUGUGUUGAAGGACACCAUGGACAUGAUAAAAAAGAUGGGCCCAGUUCUUCGCUCUCUGCACUAUGAAACUGUCAUCGUGAAACAUCAAUAUCUUGUCGCUACAAAGAGUUUCUGGCGCCCCGGCAGUAAAGUGUCCAGAUCAGGAUGAUAUGGAUCAAACUUCUAAGGGACUCACCAUUACACAAAUAUUCUGUCGAUUCUUUGAAUUCUAAUUGAAACGAUUCUUUUAUACAGAAGAGUAUAAUUUGGUCAGCUCCAGACAGCUUUGAAGUUUUGGUGGCACAAGUACAUACUUCUGCAGGUAUGCUGAGCCGAUUCUUUUUGUCAGAGGAAAAUAUAGGGUUGUUAUAUCUGUAGGCUAGUGCUAAUAGUGCAUACACGGUGGACAUGGGAUUAUCUUUUGUAUACUUGUUCUUGAUUAGUCUGUACACUGAACAAUAAAGAUUUUGAAUCUUGUAGAAAUAUGAGCCCCUUCAUGUCUUCCUCCAUCUUUUCUUUUUAGAAUCACCAAGAGCUUCCAUAAAUUUUAGUAACAUUAUAUCAUGUUCAAUACAAGCAAGGAUGCUUUCCGGCACCAGAAGCAAUUUUGGCUAAA